AUGGCAACUGAACAAGCACUUUAUGACACUGCUAUAGCAUUCAUCAACGCUUUCGCAACCCUCGAAGCUAAUAGUCACAUUUCCCUCCGCGCCGCCAACUGCACUCACAUCUUCGCCCCAUCAUCCAUAAAACCACCACAGCCUAUGACAAAUGAAGACUUCGCUGCCCACUUAAUCAAGCUUCAUACAAUCGCAACUGGCUUUCCAGUUACAGCAAAAGAGAUCCAUGUCAACUUUCCAAAACGCCAGGUUAUUAUCUGGGCCAGCGCUGUUUUAAAUUUCAGGGAGGAACUGAAAGGUCUGAAAGAAGGCGACGAUGGGAAGGAGUGGGACUAUGUUGGAGAGUAUAUGUUUCUUUUGGAUGUGGACGAAGAAGGAAAGAUUUGUCGGAUCGUAGAGUUUUUGGACAGUUUAGGGACUGAGAGGGUAAGAGUAUUAAUAGCUAAAGCUUGGAAGAACGCUGGAGCAAGUGAAAAGCUAUUUUAA